GAAUUGCGUUUAUUGUGCUCCUUAAACUGAUGCAUCUCAUUGUGAAAUUUAAAAAUGGAAUUCCUUAUGCCUAGAUACAUAUGAGCAUGCGUCAAUUUUCAUUUUUGAACUGUGUUCCUCACACUUUUGCUUCAUAAUUCACAUAACUGGGGCUACUGAGUAUUGACAUGUUCAUCAUUCUAAAAAAAUAUUGGACUUGCCGCCUCAAAGAGCCAAAAUCUGCUGGUAAAUAAUUUGCUAUAUAUCUAAUUUCAUGAUAAAUGUGGGUACAUUAUUAUUUUGUUUCUGCAAGUUGAAAGGGGGAUUAAAAAAUUAAAGAAGAAUAAUGAAUCUACAUUCAAUGCCCUCGAUCAAUUGGCUGGUGGCUUUGUGGACCAAGUACUUGGUCCUUUGUUUAUGACUAUUCCAUGAUACUGCAGCUUUUCUCGUCCUAUGGUUCUUGAUCUACUCUUUAUCAAAUGCAGGACAGAGAAAGAAAUGAAUCGUCGCAAGGACAUGGUUGCAAAUUUAAGAUCAAAAGUAAACCAGAUGGCUUCCACAUUGAACAUGUCAAACUUUGCGAAUAGGGACAGCUUACUGGGGCCAGAAAUCAAGCCUGCUGAUGCCAUGAAUAGAACAAAUGGCCUUGACAACCAGGGCAUUGUUGGUCUUCAAAGACAAAUCAUAAAAGAGCAAGAUGAGGGCCUUGAGAAAUUGGAGGAGACAGUUAUGAGCACCAAACAUAUUGCAUUGGCAGUCAAUGAGGAGCUUGAUCUGCAUACUAAACUGAUUAAUAAUCUGGACCAACAUGUUGAUGUUACAGACUCCAGAUUGCAGGUGACACUUCUUUCCAAUAACAUCUACCAUAUUAUUAUAAAGAUGUUUGUGAAAAAAAAACUACUGUGCACAUCAUUUACUAUAGAUUUGCAGGCAUCUUUAUGCGUAUCCUUUUAUUUUUGUGGCUG